UCUUGUGAGGUAUAGAAAAUUUUUCAAUUUAAAAGGUAUCAGAUAAUAUACCAACAUUAUCUCGGAUAACAAUGCACUAAGAGCACACAAACCAGAAAAAAAAAACAGUUUCGAAGAAAAAAAGAAAUAAGGGGGAUUUUUUUAUUCUGUACUCAUGUAGUUCAAAGUUCCAACGUGCAAAUCGAAAUGCAUUUAUUUGAAAGUCGCUAUUUCAAUUUCAACCGCCUUCUCAUGUCGUUAAUUGGUCUAUGGCCUUAUCAAAAGCCAGGAUCUAGAAGGAUUAAAAUGAUUCUUGUAUCAUUUUUCCUGGUAGAAGGUAUAAUUGCACAGUUGAUGAGCUUUGUUACGAUUGAAUACAGUAGGGAUCUUCUUACAAAAGUAUUUUCCUUCUCUUUUAUUAUUCUUAUCUGCACUGUAGAAUAUAAUGUGCUAUAUUUCAAAUCGGAACAAGUGAAGUGUCUUUUCGAACAAGUCCUAUAUGACUGGCAUGCUCUAACUGAUGCAGAGGAAAUAGAAAUAAUACAAAAAUACGCGAAUAAAGGGAGAUUAUGUACUAUUAGUGCAGGAUUCCUUCUAUAUUCUGGCAUUCUGGUUUUCUUUUCAUUGUUUUUCGUACCGGACAUUCUUGAUAUUGUGGCACCAUUGAACGAGCCUCGGCGACAUCAAUUGCCUAUCGCAAUCGAAACCUUUUUCGACCAGGAAAAAUAUUUUCUCUUUAUUAUUAUAAACGGCUUAGUAAUCACUCUUAUAGAUUUAACCAUAUUAUUGACCUUUGAAACGUUAUAUGCGGUAUUUAUACAACACGCUUGCGGAUUAUUGAAGCUUACUAGCCAUCGUAUCUUGAACGCAUUCGACGAUCGUUUGCAACAGAUGAGUAUGUUUAAAUCAAAGUGCACCAUCUGUGUUAAAUUGUCUAAAGCUAUUAAAAUUCACAGACGAUCUUUAGAAUUUGCCGAAUGUUUAUGCUCUACUUUUUCUAUCUCCUACUUAAUUUUGUGCAUAUUUGGGAUAGCUUCUUUAAGCAUUAAUUUAUUUGAACUCUUGAAAGCAAUUGAAUCAAAACACACGAGCCAAAUAACCUAUUUUGGUAUAACCGUCUUUGGUCAUUUAUGUUAUAUGUUUUGGGUUAAUUAUUUUGGUCAAAACUUGAUAGACAACAGUGCCGACGUGUUUGCACAAACUUAUAAUGUACAAUGGUACACGGUGUCUCCACAUAUUCAAAAGAAAAUAUUAUUUAUACUACACAGAUCUUCAAAGAAUAUCUUAUUCGAUGUUGGCCAUAUAUUUACAUUCUCAAUGGACGGAAUUGCUACGCUUAUUAACUCGUCUUUGUCAUACUCUAUGCUACUCUAUUCCACCCGGACAUGAUUUAUAUCGAUAUGACAAAAAUAUGGCUACGAUCGUCUAUAAUCCCUUUUUUAUACUUUAAAGAAUGCUAUCACGCAAUAAAACUUACUUCAGCAUGACACGCGAGAUUUUUUUACUAUCAUUUAUCACAAUGAAAUAUAUUUUUCUCACUUAUGGCUUUCUGAAACAGAACACACUCGAAUGUCCUUCACACAUGCAUCGAUGAUAUCUUCUUCAAAUACACUUUCGUACAAUUUGUAAAAGUAAUUUCAAAAAUAACGGUUUCACACGUAUCUUCUCUAGCUUGUCGGUGUCGUAACGUAUUUGCG